AUGGAUAUGCUUCAGGAUGAUGCUGAUGAUGAUGGGAAUGACGUGAAGCCGAGUGUGGAUGUGCAAGCUCAUAAUCAGCUGGCCAUGAAGCAGCUCUACACCGACCCAUCGUUCGCGAUAAUUUGCAGUUUCUUCAACAAAUUCGCUGUAUUCCUCGGUCUCAAACCGCAGUGUUUUGCCAAAAUUGAGCACAUGUUCACCAGUCUACAUGAAAAUGGCAAAGGUAUGCUUUUUGGCGUUACACUUUUUGCUCGCUCUGUCUUUCCCCACUUCCAAUUGAAUUUGCUGUAUGAGGCUGGCACCGAGAAAUUUUUUCCUUCGUUGUCUUUGAAAAUUUAA